GGCGGAGGCGGUGGUGGAGGUGGCGGUAGCGACUGUUCAGUGGUAACUUAAACUGUAUUAAACUUUCUUCCUAAAAGUUGAGCUUCCAUUGUUUAAGAUCAAAUGAGUUCAUCAUGGCCCAUGCAAUUUUCAGCCCUCCUCUGGAAAAAUUUUCUUUUAAAGAGGCGGCAGAUAGUUGGUUUAGCUGUGGAAAUCCUCUUUAUAUUUCUGUUCUUUGCAAUGAUUUUGACCUUACGCAGCAAUGCAAAAAAGCAGUUUCGUAAUGCUUCUACUUUUAACCCUCUUCCUGUGGAACUACCCAACUUCCUUGUGAAUACUCCACAUAAGUAUGAAUUGGUAUAUGUGCCUUCUAAGAGUGAAGUGGCAAAAAAUAUUAUAGAGAUGGUGAAAAAGGAUUUAAAUGUCAAUUUUAAAGUUCAAGGCUUUGCUUCAGAAAAAGAGUUUGAGAGUUACAUUAAGCGUGAAAAGUCUGCUCGUGUGCUGGCUGCUGUUGUGUUUGAUCAUGACUUCAAAAAUGACCAGGAUGGCUUGCCACUUCAGGUAACAUAUCACUUGCGUUUUAGUAAUUACAGUUCUGUCCCUGCUAGCCGACAAUCAGAAGGCUGGAAAACAUCUUUUCUCUUUCCAAGAAUACCUACACUAGGACCCAGGAACCCAAAUAAAAGUGAUGGAGGAGAUCCUUGGUACCUCAAUAGAGGGUUUCUGGUUGUGCAGCGUUCCCUAGAUAAAGCUAUCAUGUCAUAUCAUAAUGACAAAGCUGAAGCACUGAUGGCUGGAUUACAAAUUUUUGCUAGAAGAUUUCCAUAUCCUGAAUAUUAUCAUGAUGAUCAUAUGUGGAGUUUUAUAAGUUUAUUUCCAUGGAUUAUUUUAUUUGUAUUUUCUCACAAUUUAUUUACCCUCGUCAGGAGCAUUGUGUCAGAAAAGGAAAACAGACUAAAGGAGUACCAGCUCAUGAUAGGACUCAGUAAUGGUAUGCUCUGGGCUUCAUAUUUUGUCACAUACCUCAUGUUAUAUUUAAUUAUCAUCACUUUACUGUGUGCAGUUCUAUUUUUCAAGAUUGUCCAUGAGAGAAUCCUUCAACACAGUGAUCCAUCAGUAGUUACUGUCUUUUUCCUGUUAUAUGUCAUCAGCUUAAUAUUAUUUGGCUUUAUGAUUAGCACAUUCUUUACUAAUGCUUCCUUGGCUGUUGCCAUUACAGGUUUCUUCUAUUUUCUCACUUUCUUUCCACAAGUAAUCAUCAUAGACCAGUAUGCAGUGAUGAGCCUCACUCAGAAGGUGUCUGCCUGCCUUAUUGCAAAUAUUGCAUUAGCUAUUGGCAUUGAUUUACUGUGCAAGAUGGAAAUGAAGGGGGAUGGACUUCAAUGGAAUAACCUUUCUUCACCAGUGACCCCAGGAGAUACCUUCACUUUGGCCCAUGUUUUCGGAAUGCUUUUAUUUGAUGCUUGUUUGUAUGGCCUUGUGGCCUGGUAUGUCGAGGCUGUAUUUCCAGGGGAGUAUGGUGUGCCUAAGCCAUGGUAUUUCUUUGUUCAGAAAUCCUACUGGUUUGGGAAUCCAGUCAAAAAGAUGGAAGAAGAUAAUGAACUUUCAAGUUUUGUGGAAAAUGAAUAUUUUGAAGCUGAACCUGUUGGUUUGGUGGCUGGUAUCCAGAUCCACCAUUUACGUAAGGAAUUCAAAUUACAUAAGACUACCUUUGUAGCAAUAAAAGACUUGACUUUGAAUUUUUAUGAGGGCCAGAUCACUGUCCUUCUAGGACCUAAUGGAGCAGGAAAGACUACUACAUUAUCCAUUCUCACAGGUUUCUAUCUUCCUACCAGAGGAAAAAUCUAUAUUAGUGGAUAUGACAUCUCAAAAGACAUGGUUCAAGUCAGGAAAAACUUGGGCUUGUGUCCCCAGUAUGACCUAUUGUUUCCAAAUAUGACAGUGUCAGAACAUCUUCUUUUCUACUGUGUGAUAAAAGGAGUACCUCCACAGAGGCGUUCUGUAGAAAUUAACAAAAUGCUGACUUCUUUUGGCCUGCUACACAAACGUGAUGAAUUUUCAAAGUCUCUCAGUGGAGGAAUGAAACGCAAACUCUCUAUUAUUAUUGCACUUAUAGGGGGCUCCAAGGUAGUGAUACUUGAUGAGCCAACAUCUGGCAUGGAUCCAGUCUCAAGGAGAAGCACCUGGAAUGUCCUUCAGCAGUUUAAAGAGGAUCGAACCAUCUUACUGACCACUCAUCACAUGGAUGAAGCUGACGUCCUGGGUGACCGCAUUGCCAUCAUGGUCAAAGGGACCCUGCAGUGUUGUGGCUCCUCCAUUUUCCUGAAAAAAAGAUAUGGUGUGGGAUACCACUUAGUCAUAGUGAAAAAACUUGAUUGUGAUGUUAAGAGAGUCUCCAACUUGAUUAUUUAUUAUGUACCAACUGCCAGUUUGGAGAACGAUGUUGCAGCUGAAUUAUCAUUUCUACUACCGAAAGAAUAUACACACAGAUUUGAAGCACUCUUUGCUGAGCUGGAAGAACGUCAGGAAGAGUUGGGCAUUGCUGCCUUUGGUGUCUCUAUGACUACCUUGGAAGAAGUUUUCUUUGCGGUCAGUGAUCAGGCAGAGGAAAAUGAGGAUCUCCAAAAUAUCCAGAAGAGAUACAGAAACCUGAAUAUGAAUGCGCCCAGAAAUUUUGAGAGAACACGUCGUGACACCUUGCGCCAAUCCACCGAAACUAUUCAACUUAAUAGGGGGGUAAGCAUUUUCACUAAGAACCUAAUGCUAAUCUGCAUUUACCUCAAAAUAACAAACAAAUUUCUGAUGAGUGGUGUGACCAUUGUGAGACAUGAAGAACCUGCACGGAAAAUGGAUUUGGAACAAUAUGGUGAAACCAUUGUGCCAUAUUCAAUUACUGGAAACUCUCCGUUUGCUGUGGAUUUUUUAAAAGUCCUUGAGGAUAUGCUAAAAGCUAAGAAACAAAAGCUUCAGGAAGUACAAGGUGACCUACAGGAAUACUUGUCAAAAAAUCGACAAUGCACUCAUUCAUGUAUUAUUGGACUUUCCAUUGAGAUUGCUGGAGGUGCCAUUAAAUUGACCUUUUGGUUCAACAAUGAGGCCUACCAUUCACCGUCAUUAUCCCUGGCAGUGUUAGACAAUGCUAUUUUUAAGUCGCUUUCUGGCUCUGCUGCUUCCAUUACAGUCUUCAACAAACCUCAGCCUCGUUAUGUUAGUAACAGCGCUAGUAAUAGAAGAACAUCGGGAAUCCAAAUAGCCCUUAAUUUGUUUUUUGGCUUGAGUAUUUUGAUCAGUAGCUUUUGCCUCCUGACAGUGACUGAGAGAAUCACUAAAGCAAAACACAUACAGUUUUUGAGUGGUGUCUAUGUCUUUAUUUUCUGGUUUUCUUCUCUGAUAUGGGAUAUUGCCAUCCUCUUUUUUGCCUGCUGCUUACUACUGGGAUUGGAAGUGGAGCAGCCAGGACACAAACCUGUGCCCAUGUGGGAUGCUGGCAUCAGAGGUGGUGGCUUCGCCCACUAUGCCACAACACCAGUCUUGGAACCCAAGUACUACUUGAGUCACAUUAGAGGGACCCUGGAUUUGUGGCCAAGACUCCAACCCAGGCACUUUGAUAUGAAAUGCAGGCAUCCCAAGCAGUAUGCUGACCACUGCAUCAAGGUGGUGUUCCUUCUUGCUGGGCUGGAUUUAUUGAUCAGUGAUUACCACUUUCUGGACACAAUGUUCAUCUUUAUGAUGUUCGCCUGGUCUGUUAUUCCCUUCAUAUACCUGACAUGCUUCCUGUUUAGCAGUGGCACCAGUGCCUACAUCAAGCUCUUCAUGUUCAACCAAUGCAUGGGAUUUUUGGGUGUACUUGUGGAUCUCCUACUAAACACCCUUCAAGGUGUAAACACUACUGUAAAAAACCUCAUACUUAAUAUACUCCUGCUGUUACCAAUUUAUAACCUUGGGAUGAGCAUCACCAAAUAUUAUGAUUUCCAAGAAAACAUUCACUUAUGUUCUUCCUCGAACAACAUUCCUAAAAUCAUAAACUGUGAUGAAUUAGCGGCACGUGAUGUAUUUAGUGUGAAUGAAAAUACAAUCGGAAGAUAUAUAAUAGCAAUGGCUGCCACAGGAUUUGCUUACUUCAUCUUGAUUCUCUUUAUGGAUACCUAUGCAUGGAUAUUGAGAACUUUUGUUACUCAAUAUAUUUUCUUUGGUAUCUACAAAAAGCUUAAUAAGGGUACAGUGUCCAGGGAAUUAUCUGGAGAAUCUGAAGACGAAGAUGUAGAAGAUGAAAGAGACAGAGUUCUGGGGCAGCCUCUGAAAUUUCUGGAUGCCACAGUUAUUAUUAGGGAACUCAUAAAGAUAUAUUUUAAAUUUCCAGCCGUUUUGGCUGUGAGAAAUAUCUCCCUUGCAAUCAAAAAUGAGGAGUGCUUUGGAUUGCUGGGAUUGAAUGGAGCUGGGAAAACUACUACCUUCCAGAUUUUGACUGGAGAAGACAGUGCUACCUCUGGGGAUGUGUACAUUAAAGGUUUCAGCAUCACCAAAAAUAACAUAAAGAUAAGGUCAAAAGUUGGUUAUUGUCCACAGUUUGAUGCCUUGCUGGAAUACAUGACUGCUCGAGAAAUACUGACAAUGUAUGCUAGGUUGUGGGGGGUACCCGAGAGAAGGAUUUCCUAUUAUGUGAGAAAGUUGUUGGAGUUGCUGAACCUGGAAUCCCAUGCUGACAAGUUUAUCUACACCUACAGUGGAGGAAACAAACGUAGGUUGAGUACUGCUAUUGCCAUAAUGGGAAAACCCUCAGUGAUCUUCCUGGAUGAGCCAUCAACUGGCAUGGACCCAGUAGCCCGACGUCUACUCUGGAAUGUAGUGACACAGAUCCGUGAAAGUGGCAAAGUUAUCAUCAUAACCUCCCACAGCAUGGAGGAAUGUGAUGCCCUUUGUACCAGGCUGGCCAUCAUGGUGCGGGGAAAGUUUGUGUGCCUGGGCAGCCCUCAACACCUCAAGAACAAAUUUGGCAAUAUUUACACUGUGAAUGUCAAGUUCAAGGCUGAUACAAAUAAGGAUACAAUAGAUGAUUUUAAAGCAUUUAUUUAUGAUGUUUUCCCAGGUAGUGAAUUGAAGCAAGAAGGCCAAGGAUUCCUUAAUUACUACAUUCCCAGCAAGAAAAACAGCUGGGGAAAGGUGUUUGGUGUGUUGGAGAAAGCUAAAGAGCAAUUCAAUUUAGAAGAUUAUUCCAUCAGUCAGAUAACCCUGGAACAAGUCUUCCUGACCUUUGCUAAUCCAGAUAAAAGAGCAGAUGUUCGUUAAAAUAUGGUGCCAUGAGAUUCAGUUGCAGCCAGUGACCCUUAUGUCUCAUUACACCUCGAUGCAUAGAGGGACAUUGCUGUGUUUGUGUAUCUUGGUGUAAAUACACUUAAGUAAUAAAGAUUUUCCCCAAAGAGAAA